AUGAAAAGUUGGCUACAUUUCUUCCUUCUCUUAGUCACACUCUGGAUUAGUAUCAUCAUCAUCAUCCCUCUAGUUCAUAGCAAGUGUAUUCCAGACCAGCAACAAUCACUGCUCGAUUUCAAGAGCAGCCUUUUAUUCAAUUCCUCUCUUUCCUCCAAGCUUAUUACCUGGAACUCAAGUAACGAUUGUUGUUCUUGGGUCGGAGUUACUUGCAGCACCAAUGGCCGUGUUCUGGGUCUUGACCUCAGCAGUGAGUCAAUCUCAGGUGGCAUUGACAAUUCCAGCAGUCUCUUCCAUCUUCAAAAUCUUCAAAGCCUCAAUUUGGCCUACAACAAACUUGGCAAUUGCUCAUCAAUUCCAUCUGCAGUCGGGCAGCUCAUGAAUUUGAGGUAUAUAAAUUUAUCUUACAAUGCUUAUUCAAGGCAAAUCCCGAUUGAGAUUUCACGCUUGACAAGGUUGGCAGUUCUUGAUAUUUCUCUAAAUUAUUUCUGCAAAUUGUAUCUUUAUCUUGAGAUCUCAAAUUUACACAUGCUGGUAGAGAACCUCACAGAGCUUAGAGAGUUGUAUCUUGAUGAUGUCAAAAUAUCAGCAGAGGGGAGUGAGUGGUGCCAAGCCAUAUCAUCUUCCCUUCCCAACCUCAGGGUGUUGAGCUUGUCCUAUUGUAAUCUUUCAGGCCCUUUUCACGAGUCUCUUGCUAACCUCCGAUCUCUCUCCGUGAUUCAAUUGGGAUCGAACAAUAUCUCUGCUCCAGUUCCAGCAUUCUUUGCCAACUUUUCAAACUUGACAUCCUUGAUUCUCUAUGGUUGUAAUUUGCAAGGAACAUUUCCGAAAGAGAUCUUUCAAUUACCUUCUCUUCGUGAGAUUCGCCUUUAUGGAAAUGACGAACUUGAUGGUUCCUUGCCAGAAUUUCCAAAGAAUGGAUCUCUUCAAUACCUGGAUCUAAGGGUGACUAAUUUUUCAGGGGUAUUACCAAACUCUAUUGGCAACCUUACGCAAUUGGUUUCUUUGUCGAUUUAUGGAAACAACUUUGAAGGUUCAAUUCCGUCAUUCAGUGGGGCCAAGAAUCUAGAAGAAAUAGACCUCUAUUCAAAUGGUCUGACAGGUAAUAUUAAUUGCAUCCACUGGAAAAACCUUACUAAUCUAUCCUAUCUCUCCUUAGCUGGCAACAUGCUCGAUGGGAAUAUUCCAUCUUGUUUGUUUUCUCUUCCCUUGCUGAAAUCUCUACAUCUUUCCAACAACCAAUUCUUUGGUCAUUUUCCUGAAAUUUCUAAUCUCUCAUCCUACUCUGUCAAAAGCCUUUAUUUGAGUGGAAACAAUCUGGAAGGGCCAAUACCCAUGUCUAUCUUUAAUUUUCGGGGUCUUACUGAUCUUGAUCUUUCUUCAAAUAAUUUCAGUGGCUCAUUUCCUCUAGAUGGUCUUCAACAUCUGAGAAAUCUUUCUUAUCUUGAUCUUUCUUCAAAUAAUUUCAGUGGCUCAUUUCCUCUAGAUGGUCUUCAACAUCUGAGAAAUCUUUCUUAUCUUGAUCUUUCACACAAUAGCUUGCUUCUUAGCCAUGAUGCUACCAAUUUCUCAUAUUCCUACUUUCCUCAGUUUCAAAAUUUGUGGUUGGCUUCAUUAAACUUGAGAACAUUCCCUGAUUUCUUGAGAAAUCAAUCUGAAUUAAGUUAUUUAGAUCUUUCAGAUAACCAGAUACAGGGCAAGAUACCCAACUGGAUUUGGAGGUCCAAUAAUCUCCAUUACCUAAAUCUUUCGUGUAACUCUCUAGAAACUCUAGAAGGUCAUACAAUCAAUCUCACUUCUAUGAAAUUCCUUGACCUUCAUUCCAACAAGCUUCAUGGGGAAAUCCCAAUUUCAUCUUCACCUAACAUGUAUUAUCUGGAUUACUCAAGGAACAACUUCAGCUCUACCAUACCAACUACCAUUGGAGAUAUGCUUCUUCAUACCAGAUUCUUCUAUGUCUCAAGCAACAACCUUCAGGGGAUAAUUCCUGGAUCAAUAUGAAAUUCACUUUACCUUGAGGUUCUUGAUCUAUCCAAUAAUUCCUUAAGUGGCACUGUCCUUCACUGCCUGACUACAAUGAGCACUCUUUCAGUACUUAAUUUAAGGAGAAACAAUCUUAGAAGUAUAGACAUGUUGUCUCACAAUUGCAGUUUGCAUACUCUAGACAUCAGUAAGAAUCUGAUACAAAGUCAGUUUCUAAAAUCACUUGUCAACUGCCUUUAGUUAGAGGUUCUGAACCUUGGAAAAAAUCAAAUAACAGGUCCAUUUCCAUGCUUUUUGAAGAACAUAUCCACCUUGCGUGUCCUUAUCUUGCGAUCCAAUAAAUUUUAUGGAGGGAUAGCAUUGACAACUUGGCAGGCAAUGAUGGCUAAUGAAGAUGAUGCCUCAUCAAAGCUCAAUCACCUUCAAUUUCAGGAUGAUAACUAUAGUCUGAUUUAUCAGGAUACAGUUACUAUUACCAACAAAGGUUUAGAGAUAGAGCUGGUAAAGAUUUUAACAGUCUUCACCUCGAUCGAUUUCUCCUGCAACAAGUUCAAUGGAUCAAUACCUUAUGAAAUUGGAGAAUUCAAAUCACUGCAUAUCCUCAACUUGUCCAAUAAUGCUUUCACAGGUGCAAUUCCACCAUCAUUAAGCAACUUGAGUCAGCUAGGGUCUUUAGACCUCUCACAAAACACCUUGAGUGGUCAAAUUCCACUACAGCUUACAAAACUCACUUUCCUUUCGUUCUUGAAUCUGUCACAUAAUUGGUCGGCAGGAUUCCAAGCAGUAAUCAGUUUCCAACAUUUCCAAAAUCUUCCUUUGAAGGAAACAAAAAUUUAUUCGGGCCUCCUUUGACUGAAGAAAACAGAACAAGGUUGUCACCUUCGGCAACGAAAGGAAGCCAUCCAAGUUCUGGAGAUGAGAUUGAUUGGAAUAUCAUCAUUGUUGAGAUUGGAUUUACAUGUGGGUUCGGAAUUGCCAUCGGGUCACUUUUGUUUUGCAAGAGAUGGAGGAAAUGGUAUUAUAGAGCUAUGUAUAACAUUCUUGUGAAGAUAUUUCCUCAACUGGAACACAGGUUUGGUCAUCACAGAAGACAUGUGUUCAUAGGCGAAAGGUACUGGAGACGUUGAAAUGGUUGUCAAGAGCAAUAAACCCAACUCUGUCGUCGGCUUGGUUGGUCUGAUGACUCACCUUGGGUUAUGUUCUUUAAAGGUUCCAGCAGUUGAUUUGAUCUUAAUGUCUUUAAAUUCUGCUUGUUGCCUAUUGACUAAUUUUAAGAGUGUUUCUCCUUAGUUUCUUUUGUUUUGUUGGUGAGAAAGAUUUUGGCCAAAUCCCUCUUUCUCUUAUGUAUUUUCUUUUUCAUUUAAUAAAAUUUCGAGUAAGAGGACAGAUUACUCUCUUAA